AUGCGCCUGUGUACGCGGAUACGACACCAGAUCGCCCAGUCCGCGCGACAGCAACCCUCACGCACAUACUUUGUCGCAACUUCGCAGCGAUGGCAAGCACAGGCGUUCCAUUCUCAGCUUGAGGACCCCUCUGCGUCCGGCAUCCUCUCCACACUCAGAUCAUCCGCUCCCCGAAUACCUCAAACCCUCACAGAGAAGAUUGUGCAAAAGUAUGCCGUCGGCCUCGCAGAUGGAAAGCUCGUCAAGUCCGGCGACUACGUCACAAUCUCGCCGCAUCACUGCAUGACGCACGACAACUCCUGGCCGGUCGCUCUGAAAUUCAUGUCGAUUGGUGCCACGAAGCUCAAUGACCCGAAGCAGAUUGUUAUGACGCUUGAUCACGAUGUGCAGAAUAAGAGCGAGAAGAAUUUGACUAAGUACCGGCAGAUAGAGGAGUUUGCGAAGAAGCAGGGCUCGGACUUCUAUCCUGCGGGGCGGGGGAUUGGACAUCAGAUUAUGGUCGAGGAGGGGUAUGCGUGGCCUGGGGCACUCGUUGUGGCGAGCGAUAGCCACACGAAUAUGUAUGGCGGGAUCGGCUGUCUCGGGACGCCGGUGGUUAGGACGGACGCGGCUAGUAUAUGGGCAACGGGUCGGACGUGGUGGCAGAUUCCUCCUGUUGCGAAGGUGAGGUUUUCGGGAGUGCUACCUAAGGGGGUCACGGGAAAGGAUGUCAUCGUGGCGCUGUGCGGUCUAUUCGACAAAGACGACGUGCUGAACCACGCAAUUGAGUUUGUGGGCGAGGAGGAGACGAUGCGGAGUCUGCCUAUCGAUGCGAGACUAACGAUCGCAAACAUGACUACGGAGUGGGGAGCUUUGUCGGGAUUGUUUCCUGUGGAUGGCAUGCUGCACGGGUGGCUGAGGUCGAAGGCAACGAUGUCAGCCGUCGAUCAGGGUGGAUUGGUGGGUGGAUCGCGUUUUGCACAUGAGCGGCUCGAUGAGCUCUUCCAGCAGCCACUUCGUGCGGAUCCUGGGGCAGCCUACGCGAAGACAUUGCAUUUGGACCUGAAUACCCUUUCGCCGUAUGUUUCUGGCCCAAAUUCGGUGAAAGUGGCCACGGCAUUGAACGAGCUGGAGGCACAGAACAUUCCUGUCAAUAAGGCAUACUUAGUGUCGUGCACGAAUUCACGAGCAUCCGACCUGGCAGCGGCAGCCAAAGUCUUCAAAGACGCCGCUGAGAAGAAUGGCGGCAAGGUGCCCCAGAUUGCGGAUGGAGUCAAGUUCUACAUCGCAGCUGCAUCAGUUCCAGAACAGCAAAUAGCCGAAGAGCAAGGCGAUUGGCAAGCAUUGAUUGAGGCAGGCGCAGAAGCUCUACCAGCAGGCUGUGGACCGUGCAUUGGUCUCGGAACGGGACUGCUAGAGCCGGGUGAGGUUGGCAUAAGCGCCACUAAUAGAAACUUCAAAGGCCGCAUGGGCAGCACAGAUGCAAAGGCGUACCUUGCUAGCCCGGAGGUAGUUGCGGCAAGUGCACUGUCCGGCAAGAUCAGCGGGCCUGGCUGGUAUGAAAGACCGGAGGGGUGGUCGGGUGUCGUGCGAGGCACGGGUGAUGGUAUACCCGAGGAGGAGCGCUUGAUCACUGCCUCGGAAGCUCUUGACAAAAUCAUCGGCCAGCUGGAUGACAUGAUCGAUACCGCUGAGCCAAAGUUCGGUGAGGGUGAACAAACAACCCAGACAACCGAGACUCCUCCUACGAGCGCAGCAACGGAAGUAUAUCCGGGCUUCCCCGAACGCGUUGAGGGUGAGAUCGUGUUUUGCGAUGCGGACAACAUCAAUACAGACGGAAUCUAUCCCGGCAAAUACACCUACCAGGACGGCGUGACCCCCGAGAAGAUGGCCGAAGUAUGUAUGGAGAACUACGACCCUAAGUUCUCGGGCCUGGCUAAGCAGGGCGACAUUCUUGUCAGUGGCUACAACUUUGGCUGCGGCAGUUCCCGAGAGCAAGCUGCGACAGCCAUACUGGCCAAGAAGAUACCGCUCGUUGUGGCCGGCAGCUUCGGCAACAUCUUCUCGCGCAACAGCAUCAACAAUGCUUUGAUGGGUCUCGAGGUGCCUAAACUCAUUCAGAGACUAAGGGAAACCUUUUCGGAUAAGACAUCCUCGCCGGCGUCAGGGACACCUAUCACGGAGCCGGGGCAAAAUAGUCAAAGUCUCGAUAGCCCUCCGCCGGGCCCAACCGACGCCAAGGAGAAGCAGCUGACCCGACGGACGGGGUGGAAGCUGCUUUGGGACGUGAAGAAUAGCCAAAUUGAGGUCACCGAGGGUGAUGGAACAAAAUGGACAGAGAAAGUCGGUGAGCUGCCACCGAAUGUACAGGAAAUCAUUGCGAAGGGCGGUCUGGAGAAGUGGGUGCAGCAGGAAAUAACUGGGAAAUGA